AGAAGUGAAUUAUUCCGCAUGAUUCAGGCCUACUGCAUCAAUUAACUCCAAAAUUUACUUAACAAGAAAUCACUGCUCUGAUAAAGGUAAAUUUACGGAUAUAUUUCAUCCUUGAGACUCUUAAAAAAAUCGCUGAAACGCUAUCGGUAUGUAUGCUGAUAAUAACUCUAGUAAGUGUCGAUUUAUGAUAAUGACAGGGCAUGGCCGGCUAGAUUUGCAGUUUUACUAUGGAAUAUAGGCCUUCUCCUGAAUAUCUAAGAAUGGUCGACUACAAGGAUUCUAAAGAAUUUGUUAAAUUUUUUCAUAACCUACCUCAUUUUAACUUAACGCUGAAGACUAUCGAUUCGACAUUCAGACCGGAAAAUGCGAAAUACAGAGAAUCUUUAGUUCUUUGGGCGGCUGUGCCUGUUUUACUCUUGGUAUUAACUCUAGUUCUCUUUCUUAUCUACUUCUGCUACAGAUGUUGCCAAAAAGAGAGUUCAAGACCUAAGAAAAACAAUGAAUUAUCUUGUUUGAGGUGGACAUUGGCUAUAAUUACUUUUUUGGUUUGUGGUCUCGUAGGCCUUGCUAUGUUUGCUAAUGAAGAUAGCUAUAAAGGCAGGUUUCCCAAUCAUUACGAGAUAAUGUUAAAAUAUUUAAGCUUUUAUAUUGGAGAAGAAUGCCAUAACCUAAAUUUUAAGUCUUGACGUACAAAGCAGAUGUGAAUAUCCAAGUAUUACAUAUAGACAAAUAUCCUAGGAUAAAUUAGUACGAAAACUUCAAAAUUUCAAUUAUUGCCUAGAUUUAUACACAAAAAAAAUGUUUAAAACAGGCUUCUUUGUUUUUCUUUGUUAGGCAACAGAUCGAAUUCUUUCAGUACUUUCAUGCUGCAUUCUACUCCCAAUAGGUCUAGAUUGUAGCUUAUUUAUUUAACACUUUAUUAUAAACUACAGAAAAAUGAUAUCCCUGUUGAUUCUGUAUAGAUAACCGGCUCAACUGCCGCAGACGUAGCUCUCUCUCCUAAUUGUGCUAUUGUAUUAUGUUAAUUAUCUUCUUAAUUGAGCACGAUGGUUAUCUAUAGAGAAAAAAGGCAUGAAUUCUUAAUAGCUUGCUAUCAUUAAAAUAAUUAUAAGAAUAUAAAUGAUGAUUGGAAAAUCUGUUAAAAGGUUUAAAAGACUUCUGUCAGUCUAUAAAUGGAGCAGGACGAAUAAUGAGUGAUCUAAACUAUGACAGCAGCGACUUUCAGAAGAAGAGUAAAACUCUUAGAGAAAAUUUGGACAUGCUACAGAAUCAAAUAAAUUCACAAAUGAGGGGAUCUCAAGCUCAGAGGUCUAAAGCUAUUACAAGAAAAUUAAUUGAAUCAGUUUCGAAAUGUGCUGUUAAAAUUGAACAAGUUAACGAUCGCUUCAAAAACGUGAAAACCGACACAAUGAAAUACUUUGCCGAACAAGGAAGUUUCUACAGAUGGCUAGUGAGCUUGUGCCUCUUGUCAUGGACAGUAGCUUUAUGCUUAAUCCUGUUAAUUGGAAUUGGUAAAGCCUCGAAAUGCAUUCUACUAAUUUUCUGUGCCACGGGCACUUUUACUUUGGUUCUCUCAUGGAUGUUUAUCGGACUUCAAUUAGCACUUACCAUAGGUUCAGCCGAUUUUUGCAGUAACACUACGGAUUAUUUAGCACGGAAAUUUCCAGCCGUUCAAGUUGACGUUUUAAACUCCUAUCUAAAUUGCCAAUAUUGGGAAAAUAAACAGUUUAGUGACCUUCGAUCAACUUGUAGAAAAGGAUUACACACUGCCAAAAUUCAAAUCAACUCCAUCAAAGAAAAAUAUCCCAGUGUUAAUUCGAACGAAGUUAAAGAAAUUGAAAAUACUUUGGCUAAUUUAGAUGUUGCCUAUACUGGAUUUAUGGCUGCCUUGGAUUGCCGACUAUUUCACAAAGAGUACAAAAUCGGGGCGGAUGGUGUUUGUAAAACAAACAUAGUCGCUUCUGUUAUCAUGCUACUGUCUUGUACAGUAGUAGUAUUACUACUUACGGUAUUGAUCAUAUUAUCUUCCCAUGCCUGGAGGCAUUUUAGUAAGCCGGACGAGCCGGUUGCUGAUUGUAAUAAGGGGAAUGUUAUGUAUGAAGAGUUGAUGCUCUACUUGCCUCGAAAGGGCUACGCCAGCGUAGACGAAGAUGACCCCUUUCUACCAAGAGAAACGGAUAGCCCUAUCCGGGGAAAUUCAGACGAUAUCUCAAGCGUUCCCAUUCAAUUAAGUGGAGGAUCAACGGAGAAUAGUAUCGAUUACAAUUCAACGCCCAAAUAUUCGAAUUAUCGAGGCUCAAAUACGCUGCCUAAUAACAGUCAUCACAAAACAUCGGUUAUAAAUUCAACUCCAAUGGAUGGAACAAUGCCGAGAAGUCAUUAUCGGGUAGUUUAGACACCUUAUUUAAACAUUUCUCUUACAUAUGAAAGCAUGCUCAUAAAGUAUUUGACUUUUUUGUUAAUGAUUUUUUUAUGCUUUCGUAAAGUCGACGUGCUAAAUUACACUAGUGUUAAAAAAGUAGCUCUGAAAUGAGGAGUGUAUGAUAUGUAAUAUUUGUAUACUAAUACGAUAUUCUAUUUUAGAUCUAUGGUAUUUAUUUAUAUAUAUAAGUUUAUACAAUAUAUUGUAUGAUAAUUUAUAUAUAAUGGAAAAUUUAUCUAUCAAUGUAUUACCAAUA